UUGGUAACCACGCGCUAGUCGGGCAGACGCGACGGUUUCAACGUAAACAUAACCAAACUUUUUCAAAUAUCGCCAACCGACUAAAUUGUUAGAAUAUUUCUGCCCUGAAAGUGGUAUGUCGUCGGGGAGCGCUCAAAACGCAUAUUAAAUAGUUGAUUCGCAUUUAUUUCAUCAGUACAAGUUGUGUUUAAGUUAGAAAAUUAGUGAAUUUAGCCGAAAAUUAUACAUACAACUGUUUUAAAUGCCAGUGCAAAUGCCUGCUUCAGUAGAAAGCUGUGAUGGGUAAGACUAAAAGUACCAAAGAAGUGAGAACCAUGGCUGAUGUUUUAACAGAAAGAAGAAAACCCACCCACCACCUGAAAAGGUCCAAAUCCGUACGUGCUUCCCUUCGUUUCAUAGGAACAAAGUUCCUGACGAACCACAAAAACAACAAUGAAGACCCGUUACAGAAAUCGCCCUCCAUGUCCAGCCUACACGACUACAAGUUUUUCAACGGCGAAGACAGGCACCAGUUUUCUAUCCUUCCCGAGUUCUAUAUCAAGGAACCCGUGGAGACCAUCCUGAAAACCCCGAUGGUGAAGCUGGAAGCGAAGCCCAAGAUGAGGAAAAGCGAGAAAAUCAAAGUCAGCACCCCUCCGCCCGUCAUAGCGCCUAAGGCUGCCCAAAUUCUGCAGAUCCCGAUCAAGGAAAACUGCGAACCUUUAAGUUUGAUCUCUGAAAAUGAACUCAUUGGCGACAGUAACGGUUUUGUGUGCCAAAAUGGUUUGCAGUGUCGCGGCAAGAACUACGACGAGUUUAAUUUUGAUUAUAGACACAGCGGGUUCCAAAGGACUUCGCUUAGGCUGUCGAUGAUAGGGGCCACGAAGAGGAAGAUUAGUGUGAGGAAUUCUACCUAUUUGGAAUGUCAAAAACUACCGACGCUUCCGGGCGAUCUCGAAAUGGAGGUGGCCAACGUGCCUCUGAAUAGGGGCUUGCCGCCCACAGGGCAUAAACCCAGUAAAAAAGAGGCCAAACUCAUUCAGCAGCGGCUUGAGCGAUUAGCGAGGAUCAACAUUCAUUUGCACGCCCUGUUUGCGGCUGUGGAGCACGGCCACCUCGAAAAAGCCCGCACCAUAUUGGAGUCUACGGACGUUGACGUAAAUAGCGUAAACAAUGACGGCCUGACACCUUUGGACGUUGCAGUGCUGAGCAACAAUAGACCGUUAGUCAAAAUGCUUAUUAGCUUUGGAGCCAAAGAGGGCAAUCAGUUUUCAAGUACAGAAAAACUGGGUUCGCACCUGAAGCAGCUCUUAGGGGAAGCAGAGAUGCGCCUGCAAGAACUUGGUGGCCUCCUAGAGGAACCUUGUGGUGCACCUCUGAAUACUAGAGCUUCGUUUUCCAGCAUUAUUGGAAACGCCUACCCUGCUGCGUCCAUGACAGGGUGUGCUGGUGGCGAUACAGAGAAGCAAGCUGUGGCAUGGGGAAGAAGAGCAAAGACUCUAAAAAGACUCGUACUUGGUUUUACUCAGGCAAGACCUCCCGAUCCGCCAUCCUUAGUAGCUUUGGACAUCACGUCGGCAUCUACGGUCUCUGUUAGACUUCAAGAACCGACAGCAAUGGAUUCUUCAAUUACCACGAAAUUUAAAGUGCAAUGGUCAACGAGAGCAGACUUUUCUAUAAUUACUGGAGAGAAAGAGAUAUUAGAUAUGUCUAAUCCUAAUUGUACAGUAGAACUGACACAGGGUAGAAGAUAUUUUUUUAGGGCGUCUUGUGGUAACUUAAAGGGAUACGGUGCAUUUUUUACCUCCAUUCCUUCUUCUGUUGUCCCAUCAACAUGGAGGAAAGUAGACCAAAAGGAACCAAGAUUCAAUAAUAGGCUAAAGCAACUAGAACAACUCAUGGAUGCGGUGAAGCAAGUGAGACCUGGUAGUGAAAUCCUAGAAAUGCAAGGCCCCCAAAGAAGAACGCAGAGGAAGAAAACUACCAUUAAACAAUUAUUUACGGCUGCUAGUAAAUUCCAGAAGAAUUUAAGAAGGGGCAUUUACCUAGCUUGCAUCUUGUACCACGAAGAUAAGGUAUUAGUAACAAACGAAGACUUCUUGCCUGUGAUAGAAAUAGACGAAACAUUCCCCAGUUGCAUCCAUUCAGAUCUCCAUUGGCUGAUGAAAGUGGCCUGUACGUGGGACGACAUCAAAUUGCUCCGAGCUGAUAUGGAGAAGAACGCUUCGUCGACCAUUCAUUUCCGAACCAAACUUUUGUCAGCUGCCCUCCAAAUGCAAUCGUCGCUGUGUCUCCAAGACCUCGGCCAGCUCUACUACAAACCCCUGAGAGAUUCUCACGGAACGGUAGUGUUAAGUACUAUAAAUUACGUCAAGACUCCUAAAAGUGUGUCUGUGUUAAAUUCGAGGUGGUUACCAAUGAACAAAGUGUUUAAGAAAGUGGUGCUCAGUGAUGAUCACAGUGUUUCUGAAAUACUCAUGGCCAGUAUCCAAGAACAGAUAAAUUACCACCAGGUGUCUAGUUUGAAGUUAAGCAGGGGACUGUACUUGGCUUAUUUGAAAAUGCAAAGUUCCGUGGAUCUCAUUCAAGUAGUGGUGUCUUCAAAGUCGCCUAAUAUGCUGCCCCACUGUAAGAUCAGGGAUAAUCCGCACGUUUCUGCUGAGGAGUGGGAGUACCUGAAACAACAGCACCUUCCAGACGUCUUAGACAACGCAACAGAGCUCCAACGAACCUUCUUAGAGCUGGUUACCAGCGCUGCAAAACGCCUUUUUAAUUACAUGGACAUCUGCAACGAAGACGCCAACACCCACCGCUUAUACGACACAGAAGUUAUUGAUCUCACGAACGAAGUCAGUUUUAUAGUGAUAUGUCCUUCCGCCGAAUUCUCUUGUUCCGUGCCAGGCCAGCGGGAAAUACUCUUGCAAAGAGGUGAUUUGCUUAGCUUGCCUAUACAAGUAUUUGAAAUGAUCCAUCUCAACACCUACCAAAAUAGUAUUAUAAGGAAGUACGCUAAACUAAGCUGUUUGUUGGAACUAGACGCUGCUACCGCUAAUCAUUUACAUCGCGAGGCUUUCUCUAACAGUGAAGUUGCUAUUGCGAAAGAAAGACUUAGCAAGCUUCACGAUUUACAAGCAAAGUUAAAUACUAUUUGGAAGAGUGUGAGGUGGUUAAUGGAUGUCAUCACCUUUGCCAGGGAUAGAAUCACUAACGGAUUAACCAUGAGGUACAUAUUAGAAAAAGAAAUAGGUGUUUGCACGAGUCCUAAGAGAAGUUUGCUGCAGAUCCCUCAGAGGGACGCUAAGAUGAAGAGUACACCUGGCAGAGGUUCUUGGCCUGGACCUGGUGGUUCCAACAGCAUAACAGCAGGAGGUAACCUCAUCAAUGAGUUCAGCAAAAGUGAGCAACAUUUGAGUACCAACGAAACGUCCACGCAAUAUCUCAGUGCUUGCAGUGAUAACGAUUCCAGGAAAAACAGUGACAGUUAUAACAGUGAUUUUUUUAACACACAUUUACCCCCAUCGAGAAGUGAAGAUACUCUCUUUGGCAUACCUACAACUUCCAAUACUCAGCGCUGUAGGGCAACUACUAUAUCAAGUGUUUCUGCUACAACUAGUCCUUUGCUAAGUGUAAGACCUCUACCUUAUGGAGGAAGUUUGGUUAGUGUUAAUACUAUGAAUACUGGUACUUCGGAUAGCAUGCACAGUUUAAGUUCAGACAGCGAUUCAAAUCCUCAGCCAAUGGGGUCUUCUACUCCAAAUAAAAUCAAAUCAAAACCUAGGAUGGCUCCUUCCAAAAGUAUGACAAAUGUUAAACAGCACCUACUUGAUAUUAAUACAAAGACAGACAGACAAAGACCGAAGCAUUUAAAUGUAAACCCUCACUUUUUACAUUCCAAUCUAGAAUCAAGCUUGUCUAAGAGUUUAACCAACAUAAAAACCUUUACUGAUUUCGAUGUAGGCCCAACUACUUACUUGAAGCCUUUGGAUGCUGCUAGAAGAUCGGAACAUACAGAUAAUCUCUUCAAAUUGCCAUUACCUGAUGUGCAACUCCAAUCAACUUCCAAGGAGCAGCAGAGUGGAAUUCUCCAGGUGUUUGCUGCAUAUGAAACAGGUUUGGCAAGUGGCACUAGCUUGAAACUUCAUGUGACUCCAAGAACUACUGCAAGGGAAGUUGUUGACUUGGUUGUCAAGCAACUGAAUAUGGCAGUAGUUCUUAAAGGCAAAGAAGGACCUAUAUACAACGCAGAUAAACUGAAGAAUUUCUGCCUUGUAGCUGUUAUAGGGGCCAGAGAAAGAUGUUUAAGAGACGAUUUUAAGCCGCUGCAACUUCAGAAUCCUUGGAAGAAAGGGAGGUUGUAUGUUAGACAAAAGCACGACGUUCUGGCGGCGCUUGAACACAGUAGUAAACACAGUGCGAUUAUUUGAAAAGAGACUGAAAGUUUAAUAUAAACAAAACAAAAACGUUUAUAUUAAACUGGACAUUGUUUUUAUUUGGUGACACAGAAAACAUUCCAAAUUCACCGCCAAAGUGGACUUAGCGCUGGUCCUCGUGGUAUACCGUUUUGAUAUUCCCUAACAAUAGCUUUGUAGAAUGUUUUUUCAUGUGUCAGCUAAUGAUUAAGCAAUUAUUUGAAUUUAGUCAAAUUGAAAUGGUGCUAGUUGAUUGAUAUGUCUUAUGAUUAUCUUUACUCUUAAAUAAGUAAGUGUUGCCUGGAAUAUGGAAGCCCCAAUGUAAAAAUUGUAAAUAUAACUGGCAACAGAUGAUUCGAAUCCAAACAUCUCUAAUGCCUGCUGUUUAAUGGUUUCAUUUGUAGUCAUUAGGGAUUUUAAUGCUGUGAUGAUAUUAUUUAAAAUGUGUAUAGGACCACGAUUAAAAAAUUAAAAUUAUUAUUGACUGAAGAUGUAUAGUAUAAUAAUACUUUUGCCAUCCACACAUACUCAGUGACAUAUGAAAUUUUUUUGACGCUUUUAUAAAUGGUAGGCUGUUCGAACUAACUUUAAACUAUUGACAGGGUGUGCAAGAUGUACAAGAAUAACAGGAAUAUAUUUACAUUUAAUUGUAAAAGCUGUUUUUUAUAUUUUUAAAACAAAAUGAUACUAAAAGACAAAUUGACCAGAUGUUUCAUAUCUAAUUUGUACCUCUCUUGCAAGAAUUUCGUAGUUUUUAUCUCAUUUUAAUGAAUUGGAUGUCAGUAAAGUUAUAAAACAUAAAAAACAUUAUUAAUCAAAAGUAUACUCAGGAACACUCUACAGCGUGAAUUAUAAAUUGGACUGAAAUCAGGACAGGAAACAUGUCAUUUAAAAUUUUAGAUUUAAUCAUUGCGACAUCUCUAUUCAUAUCCAAUUCUUUGAAGUCUUUAAUAAUUUUAACUAUAUUGCUGCUUUAUUAUCUAAAGCAUUUGCUCAUUUUGAUUACUGUUAGGAUAAAAACACCAAAGCAAAGUAUAAAAGAUUAUCCAUAAAAAUAAAAUUCUCUUAUUAUAAAUGUUAGAUAUUAUUAGAUAAAAUGUUGAAACAAUACUUAUAUUCUAUACAAUUCUGCUUGUUAAAAAAAUGUCCCAAAAUGUAUUAGAAAAUCAUAUCAUAGGAUUUACGUGUUCAACAUA